AUGUUCGCUCCACCAGGCUCCCCAGAUGUCUUAGCCCUGGCAAAAUUCGCCUAUCAAGUCUAUGACACCUACAAAGGCGCUCCAAAGAGAUUCAAAGAUCUCACAGGUGACAUCAAAGGACUUGAGAUUCUCCUCCUGAAACUUGGGAACAGACUUUCCCUCCAAGGGGAUACUACCGACCAAGAUGAUUCUCACAAAACUUUAUUAUCGUCUGAUGAAGCUGCGGGCUUGGAACAGCUUGUCAAACAAGCCGGAGAGAUGUUAGAAGAGUUGCAGCAGAAACAAGGAUAUGCAUCAGCUCCAAGAGGAUUGAGUCGAUUUAGGUGGUCCCAGGGGGAAGUGGACUCUGUGAGGUCGAGAAUUACGUCUCUUUGUGCGAUCAUUGGAGCAUUUAAUAGCGGUUUGGCGCUUCCUAAUAUUGCGUCAAGAGUUCCCGUGGUCGACAAACAACAAGAAAUCUUGGAUAAGUUAGAUAACUUCCUUCUGAGUCUCAACAAGGAUAGCCUCUCAUCUACUAUCUCCGUGGCCGGUUCGAGCGUCCCAACCCUUGUUGAAACCGAAAACGAGGUGAACCCUAUCUCCGUGGCCGGACCGAGCGCCCCAACCCUUGUUGAAACCGAAAACGAGGUGAACCCAGAAUGGCCCAAGCUAGUCCGCCGAAUGACCGAGUACGGUAUAUCCGAAGCAGAAGCAGAGCAGAAUCAAGAUCUCAUUCUGAAAUGGACAACUCGUGCAUCUGAACCCGCGGGUUCACUUCCUCUCCAGCGAUCACCAACUACCAACUCUAUGGGAAGUAUAGAUGACGACUUAGGUUUAGGAGCGCACAAACGAGAAAUUGAAGUCCUCUCAGCCGUAUACGGACCCAAAAUUGUCACAGACAUUAUGAGACACAUUAUCAAUGCGCACUUAGGUCUAAAGAUGACUAGAGUGCCUUUCUCGGCUACGAACGAGACAUUCGGUGGAGAUCCUUGGCGGAACCGCAUUAAGGCUUUCUCAAUGGUCUGGCGAAAAGUGAUUCGUCUCGAUUAUGGAAACCUCUAUUCAGCUCCUCAGAAACUGUUCGCUGAGGAAGGUGAAGUGCUUACCAUCGAUCUUUCAGUUCCACUGCCUUUCCACAAGAGUUCGGAAACGAAUCAACGGGGUUCGAUCUAUAUUUUGAAUGCAAGCUGGCACAACUUAGACGUCACGAAACAUGUCAAAUCGAUAACGGCAAAUGAUCCUCGACCGAGUAUCAUGGCAUCGACUCAUGAGUUCUUCGCAAUAGAUCCGUGCUACGGACACGGGAAGGUCAUGUCCGUGACAUGGGCGUACUCGGAUACCGCGGCGGCACUGUCACAUUGCGAGGUGAAGACUGUGACUGAGAAUUCUUCGAUCCAAGUCCCUCCAUUCCUGGAUAUUAUUCGUGCGAACUGGGGUGGGCUGGACAUUACGAAUCUUGUUCGAGCGAAGAUCACACCUCAGCAGACAUUAUACUUUGACACGAAGAAUGUCUCGGCCUUUGCGUCUCCCGAUCCGCUACCUGGAUGGCAAAAGACAAUUUCGAUACUAUAUCAGUAUGGUUCUUUGGAACCGAUGCAAAUGCUGGUUGCAGGUGAAGACUCUGGCUAUGCCAUUAUCGACCCGGGGGAUCGAAUGAGACGGAAUUUCUUUUUUUCUAAGAGCAUAGAGGUCACAUCAGAUAUCAGAGUGGUAGCUGCUGUGUGGGGAUUGCAGCCUGUUUCUGAGAGAGUGUUUGGCAGGGCUGUGACAGAGAGGAAGAAAGUCCUUUGUAGUAAUGCCUUCUUUGGGAGGGAUGGAUGGGGUGGGAGAAUAAAGACUCUUCAGGUAUUCUUGCAGAAUGGACAUACGGGGGAGUGUGUUUGUGUGAGUGAGAAGGAGGGGAAUGUCCUUGAGAUGCCAACUAUUUGGCCAGAACAUUAA